GUUAGAACAAGUUUUAUGACGCGUGAUACCACGUGAUCAGUGUACGUUUCAUUCGUCGUUUCGCAUUUUCCUGGAGGAGGCUCGAGCGCGUCGUGCAAUUAUUAAAAGCUUAAACCGAGUCAAAUAUGGCAGAGGCUGAUCGACCAGGGAAGCUCUUCAUUGGUGGCCUGGACACUGAAACUAACGAGAAGGCCCUUGAGAAGUAUUUCAGCAAAUAUGGCAGAAUAGUAGAAGUUCUGUUGAUGAAAGACCGUGAAACGAACAAAUCAAGAGGGUUUGCUUUUGUGACCUUUGAGAGUCCAGCAGAUGCAAAGGAUGCUGCGCGUGAAAUGAAUGGGAAGUCGCUUGAUGGUAAGCCAAUUAAGGUUGAACAAGCUACAAAGCCUCAGUUUGAGUCAGCAGGCAGACGUGGCCCACUCCCCAUGCGCGGCCGUGGUCCCCCUAGAGGCCCUCGAGGAUCUAGAGGAGCACCAAGUGGAAUGAGGGGUCCACCAUCCAGAGACUACUAUGAUAACGUAGGGAUUGUAGAACCCUUUUUCAAAGGGAUUUCCUCCAGAGGCCCCCCACCACUGAAGAGGGGACCUCCGAUUCGUAAUGGAGGCCCCCCACCGAAGAGACAUGCUUCUUCUCCGAUGGGCAGACCUCCCAUGUCAAGGGACAGGGACCCCUACGGCCCACCCCCUCCCCGCAGAGAGUCUAUGUCCAGAAGGGAUGAUUACCCAUCACCAAGGGAUGAAUAUUACAGCACAAAGGACAGCUAUUCUAGCCGGGAAUAUGUGAGUUCCAGGGAUACAAGGGACUACGCACCAACACCAAGGGACUAUCCGCCAAGGGAUUAUCCCCAAUCCAGUUCCCGCGAUGAAUAUGGGUCAAUGUCAAGGGGCUACAGUGAUGGUUAUGGGGGAGGCCGGGAACCCAAAAGCUAUAUGGAGCGCCCUAGUGCAGCCUCUUAUCGAGAGCCCUACGAUGGUUACGGUAACUCACGCAGCGCCCCACCCUCAAGGGGCCCACAACCAUCCUACAAUGGCAGUGGCGGAAGCAGUCGCUAUGACGACUAUGGCAGCAGUUCCCGGGAUGGCUAUGGCAGUCGUGAAAGUUACCCCAGCAGUCGGAGUGAACCAUACCCUCCUAGCCGUGGUGAGCGAAUGGGCAGGCAGGAGCGGGGGCCAGCACCCCCAAUCGAGAGAGGCUACCCUCGUGAAGCGUACAGUGGCUCAAGUCGCGGGGCGCCCCGUGGCGGCCGCGGUGGCAGCAGAGUCGAUAGAGGAAUUGCCCGCAGCAGAUACUGAGAUGGACUUGGAUAUGACAUCAGAGCUAUCGUUACACAAUGCCUGCUCAUUCACUACUUGUAUAGUGAGACGAAAAAAAUACUAGGGGUGUCAAAUUCCAUGGACAAGCUUAGGUUUUGAGCUGUUUAACUUCAGCCUGUCAAUUUAUUUUUGUUUUAAGUGUUAAAAUUACUUGUUUUAUAUUUCCCCGGCCCAUGUGAUGGUACCGUUGCCAAGUGAUGAGUGUUUAGUUUUUGUACAUUUAGUGCUGUUAUGUCCUGCUAUACCCUUGGAUAUGGCUUUCGUACACUAAUAAAGUUUUUAACCAAA